GCAGUAAUCGGACAACUGUCGUUCUCACUCUGACUCGGUCUCUUGUGAUCCCAGCUAGUGUGUGUAUCGGUGCUCCAUGGGUUCUAACACUUAAAAUGAAAAAGAAAAGGCUGUCUUGUAGCUGGUAAUUUGUUGCGUUACAGGUUCUACCAACUCUUGAAGAACUCUCUCUUUUUGAUGAAGUUUCUCUGUUGUUUCUGGACUGGACAGACUUGGCUGUAAGAAGAUUAUAACGAAACUUAAAGGAACGGGAUACCAGCAAAAGUACAGGGAUUCCACCAUAAUUGGAGUCUAUGGACAUGCAGGAUCUAACCAGUCCGCACAGCUGUGUAAGUGGAAGCAGUGAAUCCCCUAAUGGUCCCAGACUCGACAACUCCCAUAUCAAUACCAAUUCCAUGACCCCCAAUGGCACUGAAGUUAAAACAGAACCUAUGAGCAGCAGUGACAUCACCACACCAGUAGCCGACGUCUCCCUAGACAGCUUUUCAGGAUCAGUCAUUGGAACCAGCGGCUUCAGCCCAAGACAAACACACCAGUUCUCCUCGCAGAUUUACCCUUCCAACAGACCGUAUCCACAUAUUCUCCCUACUCCUUCAUCCCAAAAUAUGGCUGCGUACGGUCAGACACAGUACACCACAGGAAUGCAGCAGGCCGCAGCCUAUGCAAGCUACCCCCAGCCUGGACAACCCUACGGGAUCCCUGCCUAUGGCAUAAAGACAGAGGGCGGACUGAGCCAGUCACAAUCCCCAGGACAGGCAGGCUUCCUCAGCUACAGCUCAGGCUUCAGCACCCCUCAGACGGGCCAGGCUCCAUACAGCUAUCAGAUGCCAGGUGGCACGUUCACAACCACGUCAGGACUGUACGCAGGAAGCAACGCCCUCACGAACUCCACCGGCUUCAACAGUACACAGCAGGUGUCUUCUACGGACUACCCAAGCUACCCAGCGUUCGGCCAGGGCCAGUACGCCCAGUAUUACAACAGUUCUCCCUACACCUCCCCCUAUAUGACCAGCAACAACACCAGUCCCACCACCCCCUCCACCACGACCUACACCCUCCAGGAGCCCCCCCUGACCAGCCAGGCCCUCACGGACCCCCCAGCAGGAGAUUACAGUACCAUCCACAGUCCAUCAACGCCCAUUAAAGAUUCAGAAUCGGAUCGAUUGCGGCGUGCCUCGGAUGGAAAGUCACGUGGCCGAGGGAGAAGGAACAACAACCCUUCCCCACCGCCGGACUCUGACCUUGAGCGAGUGUUCAUCUGGGACUUGGAUGAGACCAUCAUCGUUUUCCAUUCCUUGCUCACAGGGUCUUACGCUAACAGAUACGGCCGGGAUCCCCCGACGUCUGUGUCACUAGGACUGAGGAUAGAAGAGAUGAUAUUUAACUUGGCAGACACGCACUUAUUCUUCAACGACUUGGAGACCUUCCGCCCCCAAGUAGACCGCCGCCCCCAAGUAGACCUGCCGCACCCAGGUAGACCUGCCACCCCAGUAGACCUGCCGCCCCCCGUAGACCUGCCGCCCCCAGGGAAGGAGAGCUGUUUUGAGAGAGUCAUUCAGAGGUUCGGGAGGAAAGUUGUGUACGUCGUCGUGGGAGACGGAGUGGAAGAGGAGCAAGGCUCAAAAAAGCACAACAUGCCCUUCUGGAGGAUAUCCAGCCACUCUGACCUCAUGGCCCUCCACCAUGCUCUGGACCUCGAGUACUUGUAGCUACCGCAUCCUACUGCUCAGACCGUACACCUACAGCUCGGCCUGCCGGCCCCCUGCACCUACCCAAAGGCCCCUACGUGCUACCGGCCCCCUGCACCUACCCAAA